GUUCACUACCACAACCAUUCAAUAUUCAAUCCUCGAGACGAGCCUGACCUGGCCGAAUUCGAUUCCAAGGUCCUGAGGAACGCUUGAGUCGAUCCCUUUCAAGAGAGUGACUCUGAUACAGGCGCAGCCACUGCUGGCACCGUUAGAAUAGUAUAUAGGGGCACAAAUCCACCUAGAGCCAAUUGCAAGACUUUGAAGUAGUAUCGUUUCGCCGUCUAUCACUGCUGCGAUGGUCCUGUUCUGCGCGAAGUGUCCGAAAUACGCCAAGCGAAGAUGCAAAGCCUGUCAUAUCUCAAGUGCCCAUUACUGUAGCAAAGAUUGUCAGGAGCAAGACUGGCCUGAACACAAGUUCGAAUGCGCCUCGAAGUCGUCGUCCGAUAUAGACACUGCCGAUCGAUUGGUGCGCGCGGCCCAUCGCCGCCGCCUACCGCACGACAUGGACACUCUCAAGGACUACGGCUUCGUGCGAGCUGCGAUGGUGGAUAAUAUUCAUGAGCUUAUGGACUUCUGGGCGGAGUUCAUCGUCUCGCUGGAGAUCUCCUCGGGGUCGAUACGGAACUGGCGGCGGGACGGGAUCUUGUGCCAGAUCAUCGAGUUGGGAUACAACGAGACGGGCCGUGCCAGCAGGAGCCAGGCGUUCAAAUGGUUCCAGGGUCACCAAUGGAUCAUCGACCCCAGGAUGGGUCCUCCCCGGAACCUUGGACAGGAACGGCAAGCCGUCGACGCACGUUUUCGCCUGUGGACUGGUCUUCCGGAGGUUGCUUUCCGCGACCACGACGCUGUCAGACCGACAUGGUCCCAGAACAAACGCACAUGCUACGACUUCAGCUCGCAGGUGUUCAACCACUUCGCGCUGCUCCCUCCUGCGGCGAUCUGGAUCGACUUUGGUUUCUGCGUCUGCAGUAAUGGUCGACAGGAGAAGAAGCUCGAGGACAUCUACAAACGCUUCUUCGAACUGCACACGUUCGAGGAGUUCUGCAGUGCCCGCGAGAACGGCACGCUUGUGUCCCUCAUCGACCCGCUUCUGCCGGCUUUCGGGUGGCGCAAACGCACGGAGCUGUUGGACGUCCUGCAGAACCAUUCAUCGUCGAGCAACUUUAAGUUGGUCUGGUCUCUGAAGGCAGCUAUUUUGUCCGACUUCCCUCCGGCCUUCCUGCAGGAACCAUGCAAACCGAUGUUGAGGGAAUACGGGUUCUACAAUGUGCGGACCGCUGACGAGGCGAAGGAGCUCAAGCGGUUGUAUAGGCGGCUGUUCCUGGAUGCCAAUGUCCGUCCAUUGAAGUUGCAUGAGGUCGCGACGGCAGGCGAACUCUACAGUUUUGCCAAUUACGUUCUGGGAUUCGGGAAAGAAGAGAGGGCGCUGUUCGGGAGGUUGCUCAGGAAGCGAGCUGCAGACUCGCCUGCACACUGUUCCAGCACUCAAGAACUCAAUCGGUGUCCAUGGGAAGUUUUACAAUACCUACCAUCCAAUCAUUACCACUAGCCCCGUGUCAUCCGUGACGUUCCGCAUGCAGGCUUGCAAGCAGUGCGCGGAGACUCCUAGGACUAUAUUCCACGAUCGAUCUCGGGAACGACUUCAGGCGCAGGGCAACUGCAGUCAUUCCAUACAAUCAUAAUACGAACCCCUCCACUGCUCUCCUUAUCCUACACUAAAUUCUAGACGCGAACCAUCCCCGGAUAAUUUGCUGCUAUGAUAGUACAAUGCCCGCGAUCGUCAUCGUCACACAAGUACUUCCUUCAGGCACCUAUGUAUUAUAUGUUCGUCAUCUUCCCUCUGCGCUUUGGCGUAUGUUUUGGCGAUAAAUGCGACGAGUCAUAGCAUGUG